CAUCUUGAUUUUCGGAGUAUCACGCACGAUUCGUUUUGCCUCCAGUUUGAGGCUGUUUUCAAGACAAUUCAACACAUCAGUAAUUGAUCAACCCAGUAAACAGGUAGAAAUGGACCAGAAAAACAGUGAGAUUGCAAUGGACGAUCUACUAACUACACACCCCGGAAACGAGACAGACAACAGCGACAAAUCAGACACGGGAAAACAGCAGGAUGAAAAGGGGAACAUCCCAUAUGGGGAAAAGAUCGGAGAAGAAUCUGACCAUCCUAACCUACAGGGUCAACAAACAAAGCAGUUAGACAGGCUUCAGGUUAAACGCUUUGCGUGUACGGAAUGUGAUUAUCGGGCAGCCACAAAAACUGAACUAUUGAGGCACACGAGAAGACAUACUGGUGAGAAACCCUAUAAGUGUGGAGAGUGCGGAUACAGGACGGCCGAUAAAUCUGCCUUAACCGUGCACAUGAGAAAACAUACCGGUGAGAGACCCUAUAAGUGUGACCAGUGCGACUAUUCUGCUGCCGCGAAGGAUACUUUAGACCAACACAUGACUACACACACCGGAGAAAAGCCCUACAUGUGUGGAGAGUGUGGGUACAGGACGGCUGACAGGUCCCGCAUAUCUGUACAUAUGAGAACACAUACAGGUGUGAAACCCUACAAGUGUGACCAGUGUGACUAUUCUGCUGCACAAAAAUCCAAUUUAGACCAACAUAUGGCUAAGCACACCGGAGAAAAACCAUACAUGUGUGGGGAGUGUGGAUACAGGACGGCUGUCAGAUCUAACCUAUCUGCACACAUGAGAGUACAUACAGGCGAGAAACCUUAUAAGUGCGACAUGUGCGACUAUUCUGCUGCAAAGAAAGACCAUUUAGAGUCACACAUGACCAAGCACACCGGCGAAAAACGCUUCAUGUGUGUGGAGUGCGGAUACAGAACUGCUCACAUGUCUUACUUAACCGUACACAUGAGAACGCAUACAGGUGCGAAACCUUACAAGUGUGACCAGUGCGACUAUUCUGCUGCAGUGAAAAGCAGGUUAGACGUACAUAUGGCUAAACACACCGGAGAAAAACCAUACAUGUGCGGAGAGUGCGGCUACUGUACGGCUCAUAGGUCUUACUUAACCGUACACAUGAGAUCACAUACAGGUGACAAACCUUACAAGUGUGACCAAUGCGACUAUUCUACUGCACAGAAAUCAAAUUUAGACCGACACAUGGCUAUACACACCGGAGAAAAACCCUACAUGUGUGGAGAGUGCGGAUACAGGGUGGCUGACAAAUAUACCUUAACCGUACACAUGAGAACACAUACAGGUGUAAAACCCUAUAAAUGUGACCAGUGUGACUAUUCUGCUACAACGAAAUGCCACUUAGACCAACACAUGGUUAGACACACCGGAGAAAAGCCCUUCAUGUGUGGGGACUGCGGAUACAGGGCGGCUUUCAAAUCUAGCCUAUCCAAACAUAGGAGAAAACAUACAGGUGAGAAACCUUAUAAAUGUGACCAGUGCAACUUUUCUGCUGCACAGAAAGGAAAUUUAGACCAACACAUGGCUAAACACACCGGAGACAAACCCUACAUGUGUGGGGAGUGUGGAUACAGAACUGCUCGCAAGCCUAACCUAUCUCGACACAUGAUCAAACAUACAGGAGAAAAACCUUUCGUGUGUGGGGAGUGUGGAUACAAGACGGCUCACAAGUCAAAUUUAACGAAGCACAUCCGACGACACAGGGGUGUGAAACCUUACAAGUGUCACCAGUGUGACUUUUCUGCUGCACAGAAAGGCGAUUUAGACCAACACAUGGCUCAACACACCGGCGACAAGCCCUACCAGUGCGGAGAGUGUGGGUACAGAACUGCUCGCAGAUCUAACCUAACCGUACAUAUGAGAAAACAUACAGGCAAGAAACCUUACAAGUGUGACCAGUGUGACUAUUCUGUCACAGAUAAGAGGUGUUUAAAGAAACACAUGGUCGUACACGCCUCUUGAACAACAACAGUUUGUUGGCUCCAUGAACAAGUACGUUAGGCCUGCACAUGGUCAAACAGUCUCAGAAAGACGGAAGAAAGGAAGACGGAAGAAACGAUGGGAAGACAACAUGGAGAAUGGACCGGGUUGAGUUAAGCAGAAGCCAUAAGAGCGGCGGAGAACAGAGACAGGUGGAGGAGAAUAGUGGAUGGAGUCAUGGUGCCCCAACGACCCAUACAGAGGUCAGGGGAUAGGUGAGGUGAGAUGAGGUGGUCAAACACUGGACGGUUGAACAGCAACAGUUUGUCGGCUCCAUGAACAAGUAAGUCGGGCCUGCACGUGGUCAAACAGACCGCUGAGAAACCCUUCAUAUGAUUAGAACGCGGGUUCACAGGGAUGCGGAACUUAAAUUUAGCGGCAUCUAGAGACUAUUCAAUGUACAAUAUUCAAGACUGUAGAAUCACGAUGAGGGAGGCGGCCCAAUCAAAAGAAGAAGUAAACGGCAUAUUACUGCUGUGAUGGCGAAUAGAUACUAAUAUUAUCGGUGAUAAUAAUACCUUAAUUAGGUGAAUGUCAAUAUAACGAUGCAGCCAUUGACUUUAUGCUAAUAUUUCAUACAUCAUAUCAAACGUUGUAUCAAAUGUAUUAUAUGUAGUGAUAGCAUUACUAGUAGUAGUAUGUUAUGAUGCUUUACAUUAUCAAAAUUCAUGUUCUAUGUUGUACAUCUACAAAAUAUCAAAAAUAAAAAAGUAAAAUCAAGUGUUUGUUUUAGACGUGCUGUUUAUACACAGUACAAAUCAUAGUUUAAAUAUCGAUUGCCAGAUAAAUGACCUGCGGGACAAAUAUCGGUAUUACAGCGCAGGCGCAGAUGGCCAACUCAAACGGAUAGGUGGCAUUGGCGAAAGUGCCUGUAGAAAUGUUUUUUCUUGGG